AUUCUCGGAAAGUCCGUGUUACUAAAAAUAAUCUGACGUAAUUUUGGAUUUUCCAGUCUCCUACGGUAAUUUCCUCUAAAAGAAGUAAUUUUGAAAUGAAUCUCUGUACUCAGUAAUAUGGAGGGUAGAAUUUUAUCAAAAGUCGAAGAUGUUGAAUCAGAUGGAGGAACAUUGGCUUGGCAUGCGAUUAAAUUCAGUGAUGUGCCAGGUGUUAUGGAUGAUGACAGACAACUUUCUAGUGACCUAGAAAAACAUCUUAGACUGAACAAAGAUGAACCAAUGGAGGAACAAGAGUUGAUGGUGAGAAGGGGACCAGAUGGACAUCUUGUUAUAAAGAAAGAAAAUGAAGGCCAGCCGUGUGCUGGACACCAAGGUAUUGGUCUAGGCUUUGGAUUUAAUAUGCCAACAAACAGUAGCUACACAAGCUCCGCCUACACAAGCUCCGCCCAGCAUGCAAGUGGUGUUUCUCCAUUGGUACGUCCAGAGAGUAAUAAUGUACCUUGGGCAAUUCCCUCAAACCCUGGAUCAUGGAGACAUGAUGAUUCAAUGUCUUCAUUUGACCUUGAAAUGGAUAAAGAGCCAUCAAUGACACCAUUUAGUCAAGUCAUGUCUCCACCAAACAUACAGGAAUAUACAAAAGCUGGGAUUGAUUCACAUUUUGGUUAUCGUGGAGAUACUGAUUUCAAUCAAAAGAAGUAUAUGCAUGAAAAUAAUUUACGUAGAUACGCUGGUGAUGAAAGUGAAAAUGCAACAAACCAACAACAUCAGCUAUGGCAGCAGAACAUUCAACAUCAACAGGCAGCUGUUACACCUGAUACUGGGGGUUUUGAGGAGAUUUAUACAUUUGAACUUGAUGAGUUUGGAGAAGGGCCUUUACACACAUUGUCAGCAGUUUCGGAUGAGUUAACAUUAAGAGAAUCGAUAAAAAUGCUUCAAACUUGUAAUGUUGUCAAACAGUGUAUCAACCUUCAAAAUAAGCUGAAACAGACUCCAUUAUUUUUGUCUGUGUUACAAAAGAACACUGCACUCAUCAACUGGUUGCUGGAAAAUGGAGCUGAUCCAAACAUCCAGGGAACUCUGUACACAGAUCGUGAUGAAUAUAUCUGGAGAUCUCCUCUUCACCUGGCAGCAAUGAAAGGGGAUGAUUGGUUGUGUGUCCUGCAGAUGAUCUUAAAAUCUCCAUUAACCAACAUUAACCUGUUUAGUUAUGGUGAUAAGUUAUCUGCCCUGCAUUUGGCCUUGAAAUGUCAUGGUAACAACAUAAGCUGUAGAAAUAUAAUACUGGAGUUGGUCAAUAAAGGAGCUGAUAUAAGUGUCAGGGAACAGGCCAGCAGUAAAUCACCAUUUAUGUUGGCAUUGGAAACACGUGAUCUCAACUUAGUGCAAGAAUUCCUAAACAUGUUCCCUGCUGACAGACGUAGAGCAAUUCUACAAGAACAGACACGUUCAGGAGAUACAUGCCUACAUAUUGCUGCAGGAUUAUCAAGAAUUAGCUCACAGGAUAAAGAAAGGUUACUUAGGUUUCUUGUUAUACAGGGAGCUAAUGGAAAUGUUACAAAUAAUGUCAAAGAACUACCUAGAGACUUUGCUAGAAAAGAGUGGGAUAACAUCCGUAAAACAUGAUAUAAUUUCUGUGAAGUAACCAGGAUAUGAUGUUAAUAGAAACAGCAACAAUAUCAUCUGUUGUACAACAUUGUAUACACAGUUAUGUCUCCAACCUGAAAUUUCUUUAUCGUGAUGAUAGUGAAACCAUCAGUGGUAUAAAUGAUAUAAAUGAUACAAUCCUUCUAUGUUUCUACAGAUCUACAAUCAUUAUAACAAGUUUUCAUGUUGUUAUAAGAGUCUACUUGCUCUAUGUGAAGAUUUUGUAGAUUUCAUUCCAGAAUGAAGUAUUUUACAAAAAUAACUUUAUUUAUAUUAAAUAAUGAAUAAAGUAGGUGAGGAACACACGUACAACACCAGGUCAUUUUUAAAAAGUUUUUAUUGGCUACUAGUUUCGAGUAAUACAAUACUCUUCAUCAGGCUUAAAAAAAUAUCAAAUUCUAACUACUGAAGUACUGUUAUUUAGGGAUACUUUUUUGUGUUUUGUUACUAUAAAUAGAAGUAUUGUUGCUAAUAAUAGAUAUAGUUUUGGCACUGUUCCAACGAGUUUAUCAUUGAGUAUAUCAUGUAUAUUGUUUGAAUAAAAAUGAUCAAAAGUUAAUUAUGCUUUGUUUAAUAAUCCAUUAAUCUGUCCAAUGUUUAUAAUGAGUUCGUUUGUUUCACUAAACAUACCAUGCUUAUUAUGCAUAUGUUUAUUUAUAUUAGAAAAUAUUACUUAGAUGAAUUUGCUGUGCAUAACAAGAUGAAAUCUGUAACUUUUAUGAAAUGUUCAUUUUAUAAGAUGUAUAUUUUUUUCAAAUGUAUUCUUGGUUUGUGAGAUUAUAUCUAUAUUUUACUUGUGUUACAUUAGUAGGAGUUUUACUUUAUAUUUUAAUGUAUAAUGUACACUAUGUAGGGCAAUGCUUGCACAGGUGCAACUGUCUGAACUUGAUGUAACUUGUAUAUAAGCUUUGACAAUAUGUACAAACUGUGAGACUGACUUAUUGAAUAUUAAUGUUUAAUUAUGUACAGUACUGAACAAUUUCAGGACAUGUGUUUCAAGAUUCAAAAAACUGAAUCUCUGUCUUUGUAACAGAUAGCUAACAUUAAAUUUUAUAAACUUUUACUGUAACACAAACAUUCCAAAACUAAUAAUUCCUAUAAAAUUUGGACAAUGGCUAUUACCAAAGUACUGUAUUUGAAGACAUAAUUAUGUUUAUUUUUCUUCAUGACAUAUUUGCUGUAAAUUUUUCUGCAUAACUUAUGUCACUAUUUUGGUAGAAACUUAAUAUUAACUUUUGGGAAACAUACAUGCAUGUGUUUGUAUACUGUUAAAACAAGCCACUAAACUGUAGUGUAAUAAAAUAUCAAAAUUAUGCUGA